CGUGAAGAGUCAGUGCAUUUUCGAAUUGAAUUAAAUUACCGGAACCUUUUAUGUCCACAAUUUAAACACUAACCGGAACUUCUUAUGUGAGGCAGGAAAAUGCACGGAGGUCGUAGUCUCUCUUGUGAUUGACGAUCUCUGAUACUGCUCUGUGUAACCGGGGAGAUUGUUUCUAAUUCCCAACUCUCGGAUUGUCAACAUUUUUUGUUGGAUUUCUGUUGUCUAAUUCCUCUUUCUAUGUUAUUGAACCGUCCGUUUUGUGUAGACAAAAUCAAUUUAGCACUCUUCACGACGGAACAAAACAGGUGGCGCAGCGGCCGGAUUUUCUGCAGUUUCUAAAGCUUUAUUUAAGCCUUGCAGUCCGGAUGCAGUGAGAAAGAGCCUACGGCCUGGCAGAACGGAGUUAAGCAGCGGCCUUGAAGUAUGUCAACCGGUCGGCAGCAGCAGAAUGGCGCGGCAGCGGGCUCCGGGCCUGGGACAAGCGGUGGUAGUAGUGGCAGCAACGUCGGUAACAACAGCAGCAGCACUGGGAUCGGAGUUGGUAACGCCGCUAAUGCGCCACGGACGCUGGGAGCUGGAGUGGAUGGUCCACCUGUCCCCGCGCUGGGGGUCCAAUCACCCAGAGUUAGCGUAGCUAGUCUAGGUAGACCGGGCUCAUCUGCAGGAAACAGUAAUGGAAAACGGCCCCUUCAAACACCCCUUUGCAACGGUCUCAUUAACUCGUAUGAAGAUAAGAGCAACGAUUUUGUAUGCCCCAUCUGCUUUGAAAUGAUCGAGGAGGCGCACAUGACGAAAUGCGGACACAGUUUCUGUUACAGGUGUAUUCGUCAGAGUCUGGAGGACAGUAACAGGUGUCCAAAAUGUAAUUACAUCAUCGAUAACGUGGAUCAACUCUAUCCAAACUUUCUUGUGAAUGAACUCAUCCUCAAACAGAAGCAGAGAUCAGAGGAGAAACGACUUAAACUGGACCACCCGAACGGCCACAGAUGGCAGGUGUUCCAGGACGUCCUGGGCACGGACCAAGAGAACCUGGACCUCGCCAACGUCAACUUCAUGCUGGAGCUGCUGGUGCAGAAGAAGAAGCAGCUGGAAGCGGAAUCACAGGCGGCUCAGCUCCAAAUCUUAAUGGAAUUCUUCAAAGAAGCCAGAAGAAAUAAGAGAGAGCAACUGGAGCAGUUGCAGAAGGAGCUGAACUUUUUGGAAGAAGAUAUCAAACGAGUGGAGGAGAUGAGCGGGCUGUACUCUCCAGUGAGCGAUUCGGACCAUAACCUGGACAGCACCGUCCCUCAGUUCGAAGUGCACUCCCCUCCUCACAGUAUUGCGGAUCCGGCAGAGUACACCCCUCCCCCCGGAUUCGGAGCCAGUUCACAGGGGAAGAGGCAGACGUGGUACAACAGCACCCUGGCCUCGCGGCGAAAGAGGCUGACGGCUCAUUUCGAGGACCUGGAGCAGUGCUACUUCUCCAACAGGAUGUCGCGGAUCACAGACGAGGGCAGGACUGUGAACCAGCUGGAUGACUUCAUGGAGUGCCUCUCAAAGUUCACGCGAUACAACUCCGUGCGGCCCCUGGCCACGCUCUCCUACGCCAGCGACCUCUACAACGGCUCCAGUAUUGUGUCCAGUAUUGAAUUUGACCGCGACUGUGAUUACUUUGCCAUCGCCGGCGUCACCAAGAAAAUCAAGGUGUUCGAGUACGGGACGGUGAUCCAGGACGCGGUGGACAUCCAUUACCCCGUCAACGAGAUGACCUGCAACUCCAAAAUAAGCUGCAUCAGCUGGAGCAGUUACCACAAGAACCUGCUGGCCAGCAGCGACUACGAGGGCACCGUCAUCCUGUGGGACGGCUUCACGGGGCACAGGUCGAAGGUGUACCAGGAGCACGAGAAACGGUGCUGGAGUGUGGAUUUCAACCUGAUGGACCCCAAACUCCUGGCCUCUGGCUCCGAUGACGCUAAAGUGAAGCUAUGGUCCACCAACCUGGACAAUUCGGUGGCCAGCAUUGAGGCCAAGGCCAACGUGUGCUGCGUUAAGUUCAGCCCCACGUCGAGGUACCACCUCGCCUUCGGCUGCGCAGAUCACUGUGUCCACUACUACGACCUCCGCAACACCAAGCAGCCCAUCAUGGUGUUCAAGGGCCACCGGAAAGCCGUCUCCUACGCCAAGUUCGUCAACGGCGAGGAGAUCGUUUCCGCCUCCACGGACAGCCAGCUGAAGCUGUGGAACGUUAACAAGCCCCACUGCCUGCGCUCCUUCAAGGGUCACAUCAACGAGAAGAACUUUGUGGGCCUGGCCUCCAACGGGGACUACGUAGCCUGCGGAAGCGAAAACAACUCCCUGUACCUGUACUACAAGGGCCUGUCCAAGACGCUGCUGACCUUCAAGUUCGACACUGUGAAAAGCGUGCUGGACAAGGACAAGAAGGAGGACGACACCAACGAGUUCGUCAGCGCCGUGUGCUGGAGGGCGCUGCCGGACGGGGAGUCCAAUGUGCUGAUUGCAGCCAACAGCCAAGGCACGAUAAAGGUACUGGAGCUCGUAUGAGUCGGAGGAACCGCGGGAACUCGACAGGCCAGCUUCGCGCCCCCCGGAGAAGCCAUCUUGUCUUCGUGGGACAGCCGGCUCGCUCGCGAGCAUCGCAGCUCGGUACGCAUUCACACAAGCGUUUCCAACGGAUUGGUUUUGGAAGAAAAGACAUUACACAAAUCCUUUUUUUUUUUUUUUUUAUCAGCCGGUAACUUUGGUAAAGACUCUGCCAUCGGUCUGUCUCAUUUAUCGUGGAUGUGGAGAAUGGACUCGAGAAAAAAAAGGAGGACCAUUUUUUUUUGUUUUGUUUUUUUUUUCCCCCCCCCCGAGUGGGAAAAUAUUAACAUGCAUCUGUUGAAAUCCUUUUUUUGAAUAAUAAAGUGUGGAAUGACUGUUGAAUAACAGGAUUUCCUUAAGAAGGAUAUAUAAAUUCAAAUUGUUCUUUCUGAUGGUCGAGGAAGUUGAAAUUGUUCAUGCUGUCAAUAAAGAAGUAAAAUCAACAGGAACGAAACUGCAUUAAAUACAUUUUCAAGGCCAAAGCACAAGACACCCUAGAACACAUUAUAUUGUUAUAGAAAUCGCAGAAUCCUAGGAUGCUUUUUGAGCCAAUUUUAUCAGAAAAAUGUUUUUAUCCAUUUUUUUUUUUAAAGCAUUAAAUUGUUUGUUUAACCCUAAGUAAUGUAUUGUAGUAGUCAACAUCAAAAGCGAACACUUUAUUUUUGCAAAUGGAAUUACUGGACAUUUGAACUUUUAUGACAUUGUAAUUAAGUUUUUUUUUUUUUUUUUCUAUAGCGACAACCAUUUAAAAACAUUGCUGCUUUUCUCUUCAUUAAAUUCCUGCUUAGGUUUUUAUUUAUUUUGAUAAUUUAUAUUAAAAAACUGAAUUGAGUAUUCAUGAUCUGUAAUUCACUCUUAAGACGGCCAUAAUAACGCUGCUGGUUGUAGCACAGGGAAAGCAAUGUGAUGUAUUCCUUAGAUAUUCCCUACUGAGAGAAGCCAUUGCUCCUUGCUAGCCUCCAUGUCCUCCCGACUCAUCCUGAAUACCAGUCGUACGUGUUUAUUUGUAACUUUACUUUCACAAAAUUUAACCCCUCCCGCUGGAAUAAAUGAUAAACUUUCCCUUU